AUGCCCACAACAAUUUUGAGAUGUCCUUUUUCGUCCUGUAGAAGCCGAAUAAUCAAAACGGAUGACGAGAAUACGAACAUCAAGACUGUCACAGGAAAUGGCGGACCCAGACUUUUGCAGUUUUCAGAUGGAGAGGUGUCCCUGAACAGUUCCACCGAGAACUUAAAGUUCUACCAGGUCAAUGAUAUGUGGACUUUUGAUAAUAUUGGAGUCUCUAAGCCAACUUCCAUGGAUGAUGAGUUUAGUAUAACCAUCGAUGGUGGUUCUGUUCCAGUCCAUAUAGAACGUUACCUGACAUGUGCCGACUGUGACAAAGGGCCAAUUGGAAUCGCCGGUUCAGUCAACAAAGAAGCAUUGGAAGACCCAAGCGGAUCCAAGUUGAUGUAUUAUCUUUACACUGGCUCAGUGUUUCAAGAGGUUUCUCCUUCUCCAAUUGACACAUGA